CGCUACAAGCAACGUCAGUAUAAGCGCGGACGCAGCACGGGCCGCACGCGUACAUUAUAUCAUAUCGUAUAAAUGAUGAUAUCAAUAAAUAAAUCAAUGAACUAAACUACUGUGAAGUGUUUCGAUUUCAGUGAUUCAGUGAAUAGCAAGUGCACUGUGAGCUGGAACUGUGUUAAGAUGAUUGCAAGGGCGCUACUAUUAGCGCUGUGGGGCACAUAUGCCGCCGCCUUGGCGCCACUGAGCAUUCAAGCCGACGAUGACUGCGCCCUCUACCUCACCGGCCCAGGCCGCUCCUCAGCUUACGACUACAGUCUUAAUCUGCUCAAAGGAAACUUCGGUUACGAUGGUCAGCACAGAUGCAUCACUUAUGAAGCCAUCAACCAGGCCUACCUCGAUGCCAGGAACAGGAUCCUGGUGUCUCAACCGAAGGGAGAUUGGAAACCGGAGGACUUCGCGAGUGUCGGCGAACUAGUGCUGGAUAUCUCAAUACAACUAGCUAGAACAUAUGGUCUAACUUACGAAGAGAUCGAGAAAGGUUUACCUCUGAUCGACACAUCGCGAACUCUUAUCCGUGAGGUGUGCCCGCCUGUCUUCUCUCACGUGGAAUGCCGCGCCGGCAAAUACCGACGUUUGGACGGCCUCUGCAACAAUCUGCAGCAUCCCACUUGGGGAGCAACUAUGGCUCCCUUCCAAAGGUUGAUCGGUCCAUUGUUCUCUGACGGUAUAAACGCGCCGCGUAUCUCUCACUCGGGGCGAGACUUGCCGCUGUCACGUGUGGUAUCACGCACAAUGCACCCCGACGACGGCUUCCACGAUCACGCCGGCACCGUUAUGGUUAUCGCCUGGGGACAGUUUAUGGACCACGAUUACACACUCACCGGUACACCGCUCGACCCUGUUCACCGGAAUGACCCCGAGGAAUGCUGCAAACGACCCCUGCAUUUGAAGCACCCCUACUGUAAUGAAAUCAGGAUACCAGAUGACGAUUACUUCUACCGGCUCUUCGGUGUUAAGUGUAUUGACUUCGUACGUGGCUUCCCGUCCCCCAGGCCCGGCUGCAGGCUCGGUUCGAGAAAUCCUUUUAACACUUUGACUGGCGUGAUCGACGGAAACACCGUGUACGGCGUCACUGACAAGUUUGCCAGGAAACUUCGUACCGGCUACGGUGGACUUCUUCGCAUGAACCCAGUAUUCAAAGAAUACGGUCUCAAGGACUUACUGCCGCUGAAGUUAGACAUUCCCGACGAGGGCUGCACUCGACCUAACAAGAAUAUGUACUGUUUUGAAGCUGGUGAAAUUCGUGUGAAUGAACAACUGGUGUUGACUGUAAUGCACACAUUGAUGGCGCGCGAACACAACCGCGUGGCGGAGGGCCUGGCCGCCGUGAACCCGCACUGGGACGACGAGACCCUCUUCCAGGAGGCCAGGAGGAUCAACAUCGCCGAGAUACAGCACAUCACAUACAACGAAUUUCUACCCAUUCUCUUAGGAAAAGAUGUUAUGGAAAAAUUCGGUUUGGUGUUGGAGAAACAGGGUUUCUGGAAUGGAUACGAUCCGGAGGUGAACCCUGAUGUGAUCGCGUCUUUUGCGGCCGCUGCUUACCGUUUUGGACAUUCUCUUUUACCAACAGCCGUCGAGAGAUGGUCGAAGGCUCAUAAAUUUAUUGCUUCGAAACGGUUAUCGGAUCUUAUCAGAAGACCCUACGAUUUAUACAGAGCUGGAGUUCUCGAUGAAUAUGUUAUGGGAUUGAUGAACCAGGUGGCACAGGCCAUGGACGACUCCAUCACACAAGAAGUAACAAACCAUCUCUUCAAGAAAGUGGGUGCUCGCUUCGGAAUGGACUUGGUGUCAUUUAACAUGCAGAGAGGUCGUGAAUUCGGUCUGCCCGGUUACAUGGAGUUCAGAAAGUUCUGCGGUCUGUCGGGUGCUGACACAUUCGAGGAAUUGUUUGGAUCUAUGCCUAACGAGACCGUACGCAAAUAUGAAACUAUAUUCGAGCAUCCGAUCGAUGUAGAUCUGUGGUCAGGCGGCGUUUCCGAACGUCCUCUCCCGGGAUCCAUGUUGGGUCCGACAUUUGCGUGCAUUAUCGCUACUCAGUUCUCUUACUCGAGACGUGGUGACAGAUUCUGGUUCGAAUUACCUAACCAACCUUCAUCGUUUACUCCCGAACAACUGUCAGAAAUAAGGAAAUCUCGACUCGCUCGUGUCAUCUGUGACAACACUGACAUCAUUGACACUGUUCAGCUCUACCCAAUGGUGUUACCCGAUCACGAAUUAAACCCUCGUGUCCCGUGCAGAAGUGGUAUAAUACCACAAAUGGACUUUAGUAAAUGGGCGGACCCAGUUCCGUUCCACGGCUCGGCGAAGCAGUUUGUGAGUAGUUUCACGUACAACCCGUUUUUGGGCAAAAAGUAGUGACUCCUGCACCGAGUAUUUAGUAAAAACUUUGUAGUCAAUAGUCAUACACGUAGUUCACCGUAUAAAAUAGUAAAGACAAUUUUUUAAAGAAGCGAGUGACUUUCUGGUAGAGAGUGCGAAGUUCAUGAUGAGUCAAUACUCAAUAGUUUAGUUAAAUAUUUAAAAGAUUUAUGAAUAAAUAAUUUUGCUCUACAUUUUAUAAAUGUUGAAAAAUUUAUAUGUCACUUUACUCAAGUUGUGAAGAAGCGGUGAACGCAAAAUUAUUUUAUUUUGGCUUUCACUUAAAGAGAGCGUAUUAAUUUUUAUAUCUUUUAAAUAAGUCAUUCUCUUUAAUCUGAACUAUUACCACAGACCUUGAAUUUAUUUAAAAAUCCUUAAUCAUCAUUACAACAAAUGGUUAAGAAAGUUAAAAUAAAAAGUAAUGACACAAAAUCUUACUAAAAUAUUUAUUCCCUCAUAUUAUUUUAGAUUGAUGGGUAAUAUUUUUUUAAUUAUUUCCGAUGUUUGUGGUAUAAACCUAAUAACUGCUCAAUAAUGUUAAGCAAAAUAUCGGCAUUAUUGCGUAGUCAUUAUUGGAUCAUUAAUUUAUAUUUUAGAUUUUAAUAAAUGUGUACAAAAUGUAUUUAGAAAAUAGAAUAGAACAGCUUAAUUGUUGUAUUUAUGUAGAUAAGGUACUUUGUAGUUAUGUUUUUUACAAACGUAGAAUCGGCGAGUGUAUUUUUUUUAUUAUUGUAACCUUAGCGAAGCUUACCGUAGACAACAAUAAUACUUAACGUCACUUAAGCGUGUAAAUUUUGUAUUUUACUUUACCAAACUUUAAAGGUGUGGCAAAAACCUUUUAAAAAAUAUGAAGAAAAUAAUUAUGAUAGCUUCAAUUUUAUUUUAUUUUCGUGAAACUUCUAACUUUAAAAUUAGCGAUACUAGAACAUGUCUCAACAGCUUUCUUUCAAAAUAAAAAUCGUUUAAGAAAAAAUAUGCGAAACAAGAUAUUCUCGCCAAGUGACGUUAUGUUUAUAUUUUUUUUAUGGGUACGAGUAAAACAAACAUUUGUUACGACCGACAGAUAAUUAAGCUACAUAAAAUCGUUUUUAAUAGAUUAAAUUAUAAUAUUAACAAUUUUGUUGAAUGAAUGAUAUUCUUGCCUGUUUAUUUAAGCCGUAGCUGUAUAUUUAAAUAUAAUAAUAGUUUAACAGUAAUAUAUCAUAGUUUGCAAAUUUACGGAAAAAAGCGUAUACACAUAAAUUUUAGAAAUGUUAAUAACUUUGUUGUUUUUAUUUAUUUUAUAGUAAAAGUUUUAUAUUGUAUUAUUAACCCUAACAUUAAAUGUAGUUUUUGUAA